GGGCAUCUGCUGUGUCAAUACAGGACAAGGUUAUGUUUGGGACUGAAGAAUAAUUUAUAUUAUGAAGUUGGGUAGUGCCAAGUUAAAAGGGUGAGGGGUUGAAAUAUAGUGGUUGUAGGAGUAGCCUAGUUUGUAGAGUUUCCUUUUUGGCUUUGUAGAUUAGAAGUAGUUUAGCGUGUUCUUAGUACUACUGUUUAGUAGUCUACAUUACACUGACUACACUGUUUAAACCUUUUCAUGCAAAUAGCGAGGCAUGUUCUACCGAUAGACAGUGUCUCUCGCCGAAAGAAAGCCGUCAGCCAAUCAUUCUGGAGUCUACGUAUUUUUCCAAGCCAGAAACUCGGAGACACAAAAUGUUUGAAACCGGAGGGAUCCUGCUCGUCGUUCUUGACAUAAUCUGUCUAAUCCUCGCCGCCCUACCCUUUGCCAUCCUCACCCCUCAACACAACCCCUUCAAACGAGGCUUCUUCUGCAGCGACGAGUCCAUCAGAUAUCCUCUCAAGGAUGACACCAUCUCCUACCAGCUCCUGGGCGGCAUCAUGAUCCCGUUCACUCUCAUAGUGAUGGUCUGUGGAGAAUGCCUCGCCGUGUACCUGACCAGCCUGAAGACCAAAUCCAAAGCCCCGGGGGCCUCCUAUGUGUCCAGAAUCUACAAGGCCGUGGGCAGCUUCCUGUUUGGGGCUGCCACUAACCAAUCGCUGACAGACAUCGCCAAGUACUCCGUUGGUCGGUUGCGGCCUCACUUCCUUGCUGUGUGCAAGCCCCAGUGGAGCAGCAUCGACUGCAAGGCGGGGGGAUAUGUGGAGAACUUCACCUGCACUGGAGAUCCCACCAUGGUGGACGAGGCCAGAGUGUCCUUCUUCUCGGGUCAUUCCUCUUUCUCCAUGUACUGUAUGCUGUUUCUGGUGCUGUACCUCCAGGCCAGGCUGCAGGUGCGCUGGGCGAGGCUGCUGCGGCCCACGGGCCAGUUCUUCCUGCUGGCCGUGGCCGUGUAUGUGGGGCUGUCCCGGGUGUCGGACUACAAACACCACUGGAGCGACGUGCUCACUGGCCUUCUGCUAGGAGCCCUGGUGGCUAUAUUGACGGUCGUCUGUGUGUCUAACUUCUUCAAGCAGUCCGUCAAAGUGGUGGAGGUGGAGGAGGUAGAGGAGCAGUCACACACUAGUUUACAAGACAAUCCGUCCAAUGGAAACCACUACGGAAGUACCGACUAGAGCUCUGGUCACAUGGUCCUAGCAGACAGCCAAUAAGGAGGGCGGCCAUACUGUAUGUAAGUUAGCUACAACAAGUAGCCACACCCCAUAACUGUUAUACAACUACAAAGCUGGUUUCUAGAUGCCAGACAUCAUCCCACAGAGGCAAUGAUGCUCGUCCUUUAGCUCAGUGAGAGAUCGCUGUCUCAGGUCUCAUGCUGUGUCUGUGUGGGCUUGGCUGUCAAACUUGAAGCUAGUGGAGAAUGGCACCACAGAGGUUUAUUGUUCAAUAAAUGGACUUCCAGGUGCGUAGGACAUAAUGGCUUAUGUGUUUGUGCUGCUGGACUAUGGUAGACCCAACACCUGUGAAUGAAAGAUUCCCUCACAUGGAAGCCAGGUGACUUCAUGAACUCAUAAAUAAUGUAUGUACUGUUUAUUCUCAUGUGCUGUAUACAGUGUGUAUAUACUGUAUGUACUGUGUAUAUACUCUGAAUGCUGCCUUAGUCAAAAAUGCUGCUGCUACCUGCCCCAAAUCUUCCCUGCAGAAUCUGUGCGUGUGUGUGCGUGUGUUAGUGUGUGUGUGUGUGUGAGUGAAUAAUGCUGGCAGAGGUAAGGAACUAUUUUGUUACCGUUUGUAUAAAUAUGUUUGUAUUGUUGAUUGUCCUACUGUAAAUCCUGUUGAGUGAUUUUUGGGGGGCUUUUUAAAAAGACAAAACGCUACAUCGGAUGAUGAUGCCAAUACAAAUGAUUGAUUAUAUCAUUCCAUUUAGCGACACAGGUACUGUGGAAUGGGCGUACGCAGAUGCCCUUGGUGCAGCACCACUGUGUUGUACCUGCUGGCUGGCUGAACCACUUUAAACGUUUAAUAAAGCCUGAGCAUUUCCCUGUGAAAA